AUGGAAGCUCUUCGUAUAUGGCUGUUCAGCUCCCAGACAUGCGAAUCAAUGUUUCGAAUAGCUCGAUCUAUGUCGGGACCUUUUUCAUCAGUUGUAAACUUUUCUGUAGCUGAAUUUUUACGACGUGCAGAAAAGUUGUCCAUUCUUCAGGCAAUCAAAAGUGAAGCAGAAUCUGAUCCCGACUUUCCAUUUCAUUUUCCUCGUCAUCAUAAACAAACAAAAUUACAGAAAUUCGCAUCUACUGUACGCAUCUCCAGUUCUUUGUCUAGCGAUGAAAUUGAACAAAUAGUCAAACGUGCAUUUGCUGAUGCAAGUGAACUUGUAGCAUCUCUAGAUGUCCAUAUUUUAAACAAAGAUGGUAAUUCAAUAACAAUUAACGAAGUUAGUGUUAUCAUCAAAGACCAUUUAGAAAAAACUGCAAAAAUCAGUGAUUCAAGUCGAACAGAGUCUUCCGAUUCUGAUUCGGAAUUAGAUAAUGAACUAAACAGUUAUGGGACUGAAUAUGAUUCAACAUCGUCAGAUUCUAACAACGACCAAGAUAUGUCUGAGUCAGAUUGUUUAUCGAAUGUUAGCAACUGCUCGUUUCGUGGUAUGCGCAUUUAUGACAACGUAAAACCUUCUCUUGCUCAAUCGUAUUUUAAAGUUACAGUCAAUGGACAAACAAAAUUCUUACAUAAGCAAACAGCUUGUUGGCUGUUAAUGCAUGAUAAAUCAUCACUGUCAUCGGAUCGCUCGAGACGUGUAAUGAACAAAUGA